GGUGGGGACAAGGUGGAGGAAGGGCUGCUGGAGGAGGAGCUGGCGCGUUGCUACCCGCCCCGUCCCGUCCAGUACAGCCUGGGCGCCGAGGGAACCGCUGUCCUAGCCGCCGCCACCCGAACAGCCUGUCCUGGUGCCCCGUGCCCUGCCCCGCGUCCAGUCAUGACCCUGCGCCCCUCGCUACUCCCGCUCCGUCUGCUGCUGCUGCUGCUGCUGCUCAGUGGGGCGGUGUGCUGGGCUGAGGCUGGGUUCGAAACCGAAAGUCCCGUCCGGACCCUCCAAGUGGAGACCCUGGUGGAGCCCCCUGAGCCUUGCGCGGAGCCCGCUGCCUUUGGAGACACGCUGCACAUACACUACACGGGCAGCUUGGUAGAUGGACGCAUUAUUGACACUUCCCUGACCAGAGAUCCUCUGGUUAUAGAACUUGGCCAAAAGCAGGUGAUCCCAGGUCUGGAGCAGAGCCUUCUAGACAUGUGUGUGGGAGAGAAGCGAAGGGCAACCAUUCCUUCUCACUUGGCCUAUGGAAAAAGGGGAUUUCCACCGUCCAUCCCAGCCUCCAUCAGGAAAGAGACAGUAAAAAUUAUCAGUCAAGUAAUUCAAGACAAAGCAAAACAAAAAACAACUUGUAAAAGGCAAGCCUACCCUAUAACUUCAAAAGCUGUCACAGGUCACUGCUGAUAUCUAUACUUGAAGAUCUGAGGCUGGACAGAUUUCCUAAGAUGCAGAUCUCUUGCUUUGGGUUAUAACAAAUGCUCUGUUGGCUAAAAGGUUUUGUCCUUCAGAGUAUUAGUAUAAAAGUUCUUAUCCCAGUUACAACUGAGAGGGAAAACCGGAAAGAGGGUCAUGGAACUAAAGAGAAACUCUUUUACCCGAAGCUCUUUAAUCUCCCCAUUUCCAGUGUUUGUAUUUCUCCCCUGACUCACCCCUGUUCAUUCCCUGGCUCCUUACUUCUUAAGCCACCUCCUUCUUCCUCUCCAGCUCUUAUGUUGAAACAUCUAUGUUUUCUUAGUAACAGUCACAUCAGUGUGCUCAUUGGUUGGUGCAAUUUUAAAACAUCUAGGUUAAAUUCAAUUAAUUUCAGGCCUGCAAAGAUUCUAUCGAUGUGGCUGUUUGGAAAUGGAGUCAUUAGUAUAGAGGUUCUCUCACUUAUAAAUGGAGAACACCCUGUGGGAAGUUUCCCUGUGCUAUCAAAAACCUGUCCGUGAACACAAGCCACACUUGUAGAUUUGGGGCGAACAUAACUACCAAUAGACUCUGUUCAUAACUCUUCUCUACUUUUGUCUAAAGGAACUCAACACAUUUAAAUCUUGCCAGCUUCAUAGUUGUUGCUCUGGUGUGGCCUGCCCUUCCCCUGCUUUCAUUUAGAUUCUGAGCCCUGGAUAAAAUGCAGAGAUUCUAACCCUCACCUCCUCUC